AUGGAAAAUGUUGAACACAGCAAAACAAUAGCACUUGCUACUCUUUUAGAUCCCAGAUUCAAACUUGCUGUCUUCAAAGACGAAACUGCAAAGCAAUUGAUCAAAAAAACAUGUACAGAACUUUUAGCUGCAAUCUGGACAGAGACACAUGGCAAACCUUGCACAGCAGAUGAUGAAGAAAUUGGUAACACUCAAAACAAAGAUGGCAACGUAGAUUCCGCAAAAUUUUCCGUCUGGGAGGACGUUGACAACAUAAUUGCCAAGGAGAAACCUACAGGUACGAAGACCUCCGCUGCAAUUGUCGAGUUGAACCGGUACUUAGAUGACAGCUAUCUAGGACGGAAAAAAGAUCCUAUGGGCUGGUGGAAAGAGAAUCAACAUGUAUAA